CGAUUAUGUUUGAUUUCAUUUGAUAUCCUUCUUUCUGCUGGGGCUAGUUUAAAUUGGUCAUAUAUCUUCCUGUUCUUUUUUUUUUCUUUCUUUUCUCUUACCACUGCUGCCUCUUCUCAUCUCUCCUCUACCAUCUCUUCCCUUACUUCGAUUUUUUCCUUCUGUUUCAAAUCUUUCUCGACGCUACAACCUAAAAAUGCCUUCGCAAAAGGUUCUCCAAAAUCCUUCUGAUCUAAUUCCCAUGUCCUCUAACAGCUCUCACUUGAUAGAAAUAGAUUCCUCCUCCUCCUCCUCCUCCUCCUCCACAUCCACAUCCACAUCCACAUCCACAUCUACACCCACCACCACCACCACAUCUAGUGAUCCCUCCAUCGACCUCGCAAACAAAAUCGAAAUCGACUAUGAGGCCCUCCCUGAGAACUCUCCCUUUGCUGCUCAAUUGCUAGCUGGUGCCUUUGCUGGGAUGAUGGAACACACCCUCAUGUUUCCAAUUGACGCCAUUAAAACAAGAAUGCAGAUAAUGCCCACCAUAUCUCCCUCCAACAUAAACAGCAUCAGAUUGCUCAAAAACCACAUCCUCCCCAACAGUAUAUUCGCCUCAAUAGCAAAAAUAUCCUCCCAAGAAGGCACCUUUGCGCUUUGGAGAGGUAUCUCCUCUGUUAUCUUGGGCGCUGGUCCUGCCCAUGCCAUCUACUUUAGUGUCUUUGAAAACACAAAGACUUUCCUCGUCAACCAUCUCAUAAACUCAGACAAAAAGGUCCCCCAACACAUCAACACAUCCAACAAAUCCUUCAUAACCGACGAAAACCACCCUUUAAUCGCUUCUCUAUCUGGUAUCUGUGCUACAACUGCUAGCGAUGCCCUAAUGACUCCCUUCGAUACCCUCAAACAAAGAAUGCAGGCCAUCAACUACAACGCCAAUGCCAUUCCAAAGAAAAAGAUCAACCUCUUCCAAUUGUCAAGGCAAAUCUACAAAAACGAGUCCAUAAAGGCCUUCUACAUAUCCUAUCCCACAACUUUACUUUUAAACAUCCCCUUCGCUGCCAUAAAUUUCGGUAUCUACGAAUACUCCUCCUCAAUUCUAAACCCAGACCACAACUACAACCCUCUAUUGCACUGUAUCUCUGGUGGUAUUGCUGGUGCCUUUGCUGCUGCAAUCACAACCCCCCUCGACUGUAUCAAAACAAUCCUACAAACAAGAGGCCUCUUAUUCCACCAAAACAACGAAAAAAUAUACAGAAUCGACGGCUUCAAAGAUGCCUUCAUCUACAUCAAAUCUUCAAAUGGUCACUACUCAAACUUUUUUAAAGGUCUAAGACCAAGAAUUCUCUUCAACAUCCCUAGUACUGCCAUAUGUUGGACUGCCUAUGAAAUGGCAAAAGCAUAUUUAAUUUCCUAAUCAUGAUAAUAUCAUACAAAUAUAAUAAAAAUAUCUUAUUCUCAUCACAUUCACAUCACAUUCACAUCUUGUUAAUAAUUUCUCCUAAUUUGACUUUAAGUUUCCUCAAUUUCAAAAAAUAAAUAUUUCAAAAAAUAAAUAAUUCAAAAAAAACAAAAAAA